UAUGGAUAUAAGGGGCAGCUAGCAAGGCUUCAGUAGCUAACAUUCCUGGCCUCAAGAUGUCGAAGGAUCUCAGCAAAACCCCUGCUUGGGAGCUGGACAAGUUCAUAAAGGAUCACAUUCUUGUUGACACCAGGUUCCUUAAUAAGGUCAGAGCAGACAUCGACUGUGUAUGUGCUUUCCUGAAGGACAAGCGAGUAGACAAGCACGAAGACAAUGAACGUGAUUCCCCGAAGGACAGAAGCGAAGAAGGUCACAAACCCAAACCCCCUGUGUGGGUCUCCAGGGUAAUGAUGAACGGCUCUUUUGACAGUGACUCAGACCUGAAGGACACACCAGAAGUCAACAUCACUGUAUUUUUAACAAAUCUCAAUAGUUUUAAUGAGGUGCAUGAACGUUCGGAAGAGUUCAAGGAGGAGAUUAAGAAACAGCUGUGCAAACUACCAGAAAAGGAAGACUUUCAAUUGUGCUAUGAAGUUCAGAACCCAAAGAAGCCCAGCCCCUCGUUUGUGAGCUUCAAGCUGACCUCCCCUGAGCUGCAGCAGGAGGUGGAAUGUAGUGUGUGGCUAGCCCGUGAGGUCCUGGGUGGACUGAGCAACAACCAGCAGCUUGACACUGGAACCUAUAACAAAAUCUAUGCCGAACUCAUUGAUGAGUGCCUCAGCUUCGAUGCAGAAGAGUACCUCCUCUUCUUAGAAGACAUCGAUAAGCGCAUGACCUUCGAUACUGACAUCAUCGAUGAGUGCAUCAGCUCCGAUAAUGACAUCGAUGAGUGCACCAGCUCCGAUAAGGGCUUCAGCAUCAAUAAGUCCAUCAGCAGUGAGGAUAAGAAAGGUCAAUUCCACCUUUCCUUCACGGAGCUCCAGCAAAACUUCCUGAAGAAUUAUCCACCCAAGUUGAGGAAUCUCAUUUGUCUGGUCAAGUACUGGCAUCAACUGUGUAUGAAGAAGCUGAAGAAACCAGUGCCCCCAAGGUAUGCCCUGGAGCUGCUCACAAUCUAUGCCUGGGAAAGUGGGAGUGGAGUUGAUGAUUUCAACACAGCAGAGGGCUUCCGGACCGUCUUGGAACUGAUCACCAAGCACGAAAGUCUUUGUAUGUACUGGACAGUGUAUUAUGACUUUCAACACCCAAAGGUCUCUGACUACCUGCACAGACAGCUCCAAAACUACAGGCCCAUCAUCCUGGACCCGGCUGACCCUACAAGGAAUAUUGCUGAUUGUACGUAUGUGAACUGGUAUUUCCUGGCAUGUUUGGCAAAGGAGUGGCUGGAUUACCCAUGCUGUAAGGACAGGGAUGAUUCCCCCGUGCAGUCCUGGAAAGUGCUGGAGGACAAGCACUGUCGUUCCACAUUUCUUGCAAGCCCUUGACCCAGAGAAGACAGGAAGCUUCCCAAGGCCCACCCGAGGGUCUAACCUGUGACCAGACUCCAGGCUUCUGACCACUGCCCAAAGACCCCUGCAUCCUAUCCCAUCACAGACAGCCUUCUUCACAGCCUGCUUCAUCUGCCUUAUCUACCAACGGUGUUCUCUAGGAGACAAGCGAUUCAGGAGAAGAGAACCCAAGCUUGAUUUGCAGCUGUCUCCCUGGCCGGUUCUGUCCAAUGUCUGAUCAACAAUAAACCACA